AUGGGGUGGGCUCUAGCCCUGCUUCUAGCUUUGCUGCCUCCUGCGAGUCAGAUCUCUUCCAACUUAGAAGGGAGAAUGAAGUCAGUCACCGGGACAACGGGGUUAUCUGCUGUAAUCACCUGUGAUCUUCCUGGAGAAAAUACCAGAUACAUCCACUGGUACCUCCACCAGGAGGGGGAGGCCCCACAGCGUCUUCUGUACUAUGAUCUCUACAACUCCAAAAUGGUAUCGGAAUCAGGAAUCAGUCCAGGAAAGUAUGAUACUUAUACAAUCACAAGCAGGAGCUGGAAAUUGAGAGUGGAAAAUCUAAUUGAAAAUGAUUCUGGGGUCUAUUACUGUGCCACCUGGGACUAGAGAGCACCAAAACUCUUUGGUAGUGGAACAACACUUGUCGUCACAGAUGAAUAUAUUGGUGCAGACAUUUCCCCCAAGCCCACUGUUUUUCUUCCUUCAAUUGCUGAAACAAACCUCCACAAGGCUGGAACGUAUCUUUGUCUUCUUGAGAAAUUUUUCCCCGAUGUUAUUAAUAUACAUUGGCAAGAAAAGAAUAGCAGUAUGAUUCUGGAAUCCCAGGAGGGAAACACCAUAAAGACUAAUGACACAUACAUGAAAUUUAGCUGGUUAACGGUGCCAGAGAAGUCACUGCAUAAAGAACACAGAUGUAUCGUCAGACACGAGAAUAAUAAAAAAGGAGUUGAUCAAGAAAUUAUCUUUCCUCCAAUAAAGACAGAUGUCAUCUCAAUGGAUCCCAAAGACAGUUGUUCGAAAGAUACAAAUGAUGCACUGCUGCUGCAGCUCACAAACACCUCUGCAUAUUACACAUACCUCCUCCUGCUCCUCAAGAGUGUGAUCUAUUUUGCCAUCAUCACCUUCUCUCUGCUUAGAGGAACGGCUGCCUGCUGCAAGGGGGAGAGAUCGUAACAGACGGCAGCAUAAGGAGGCCAUCUUUUCUUCAUUGUUUAUUGUCUUUAGAAGCGUCUGCUGAGGAUCUAGCUGGGCUUUUUUCCUGGGUUGGGGCAAUCUCAGUUCUCAUGUGUGUGCUAUUCUAUCAUUAUUGUACAAUGGUUUUCAAACCAGCGGGCACACAGAAAACCUCACUCUGUAAUAACAAUGAGGAAUAGCCAUGGCAGUCUCUAGCAUCACUCUCUCCAUAUUCUCCACAGCUCCUUCAGCCAAGCCAAAUAGCCACAGUGUAGACAGCCUGCGGCUUCCAGCCUCCUUCCUCCCUUAGUGUUCUUUAAUCAGAUAACUGCCUGGAAGCCUUUCAUUUUACACGCCCUGAAGCAGCCUUCUUUCUAGUUGAAUUAUGUAGUGUGUUUAUCAUAACAGGCAAAAUAAAUUUUUUAAAAAUGAAAAGCUGA